CGGAAGCAGCUCCCACAGCGGCUACGGGGGUCGACGCGGGCCGCGCCUCCUUCUGCUUGGUCCCGGAUCGGCCGAGACGCCGGGACGAUGUCGGCGUACCCCAGGAGCUGCAACCCGUUUGACGACGACGACGCGGAAGACGAGGGUGCCCGGCCGGCCCCCUGGAGGGAUGGCCGCGACCUCGCCGACGGGCCCGACGCGCCCGUGGAUCGGCAGCAGUACCUGCGGCAGGAGGUGCUGCGCAGGGCCGAGGCCACGGCGGCCAGCACCGCUAGGUCUCUGUCCCUCAUGUACGAGUCCGAAAAAGUCGGGGUCGCCUCCUCCGAGGAGCUCGUCCGUCAGCGAGGAGUCUUAGAACGCACGGAGAAGAUGGUGGACAAGAUGGACCAAGAUUUGAAGACCAGCCAGAAGCACAUCAACAGCAUUAAGAGCGUGUUCGGGGGCCUUGUCAAUUACUUCAAAUCCAAACCCGCAGAGGCGCCCCCUGAACAGAAUGGCACCAGUACCCCCCAGCCCAGCAGCAGGUUGCAAGAAGCCAUAACUACAAGUAAAGAGCAGGAGGCGAAAUACCAGGCCAGCCACCCAAACCUCAGGAAGCUGGAUGAUGUGGACUCCGUCCCUGGAGGGGCUGGCUCUGCUGUGAGUACUGACACUUACCCCAAGAAUGCACAGCUCCGGGCCUAUCACCAGAAGAUCGACAGCAACCUGGAUGAGCUGUCCUUGGGACUGGGCCGCCUGAAGAACAUAGCCCUGGGGAUGCAGACGGAAAUCGAGGAGCAAGACGACAUUCUUGACCGGCUGACAACCAAAGUGGACAAGUUAGACAUCAACAUAAAAAGCACAGAAAAAAAGGUUCGGCAACUCUGAAAGUCAAAAAAGGAUUUCCACUCCGUGGUGAGGAAGGGAGUUCCACCGAUCUUCUCUUUAAACGCCCAGGAAAUGUCCUUUCUUAUUUUAGUAUGUAAUUUAAUGUGCAUUUGCGAAUGUUCUAAUAGAGCGGGGCCUGAGAGGUUUCUUGUUGCCGUGAGGAAUUGUGUGUCCUGCGUUUUCUUAGGGCUGACGCCUCUCUUAAGUUCUUUCAGCCGACGUAAAGCCUUUGAAGACCAUGUUGGAAUGAGAAGCAAAAGUUGUAUCUCUCAAUUUUCCUCCGUACGUGGAAAGAUGCGGGCAGGACUUCAAUCUUGGGCCCGCCAAGUCCUGCUUUCCUGUUUGAUAUAUUACUCAUUCCUAGGCCUUAGUGAGUCGGGAUGUUCAGGGACCCUGGGAGCCAGUUUAUGUGGGGAGGGUCACCAUCGUGGUAAGCAGGCACAUGCUGUCUCUCUCACACACACAGCACAUCCUGAUGGUUCUCUUAGCCCCUGGAAUGGGGUCAGUGUUAGGUCUGUUAGUAAAGUGUGUCACAUCCCUUGCUCUUGUGUUGACGCAAGAGUGUCCCUUGGCAUGCAUUUUCAUAGGAAGGUUUCAGAUCAGCACUGGUCAACCGUGAUACCUGGAAAUGUGCAGGCGAUUGGGCAAGCUCCUCUUCCCCCACCUACUUCUCCUCUCCAACCUUCCAUCCCAGUUGGAAACAUGACCCAGAUGUGGAUCCUGGUCUAGUUUGUGGGAAUGGAGUGUCACACAGAUGUGGCCACACCCACUGGUCUUUCUCCUUCAAGCCCUCUCCCCGCCUUGGCCAAGGCUCAGUGUGGCUGAAUAUGUCUUCAGUUCCUGGGCUCCCCUGAGCUGUGCAGGGCUGCACUUCUUGGCCUUCUUGCAAGAUAAGUUAAACCAUUACCUGGUUCUCAGCCAUCAAGUGUUGAAACUGUCACUCCACAAAUUAUGCUGACUUCACGUAGAAGGAUUUGGCUAAAGAAAAAAAAAAUCCCAGGUGUUAUUUUAAGCAGCCUAGCUUAUUCUCUCAUUUUACAAAAGAAAUCGUUUAGAAGCGUUAAUUACAAUUGAUUUCUACAAUUUUUAAAUUGAUUGGUCUUCAGUGAAAUUGAAGCCACAGGCCCUGUCUCUUUUCAAAAACAAAUGAUUUAGAACAUCUUGAAGAUGGUGUAGGUCAGAAACUUUCAAGUACAGUGCCUUUCACCUUAAGCCGUGGCACCCACCUGUGGGAGCCGUGCCAACCACUGAUGCUUUCCUUCGAGAGUCUGCAGCCUAUAAAAAGUUGUCUCAGAGCAAAGGAAACCUCUGGGAGGGAUGCCAGCAGGCAGUUCGCAUCCCAUAAUCCAUGGCGUUCCUAAAACCACUGAGAGCCUCCGUAGGCAAACACAGCUUCCUCUGAAUGGUGAUCAGAUUCAGAUGCACAUGGCUUUGACCCCUGGAGUGUGAGGACUCGAUUCAAGGUAAUAAACCCAAACGAUAUUCAGCGGAGGAGCUCAGCAUUCCUAUGCUCUCGACAACUCGUGAGAGAAAAAAAUGUUAAGCACAGUUCCCAUCCCAGGGAGAACCAAUGCACGGGGCUUUGGGGGAAAGGACUGCUCAACAGCUUGAAACACAGAGUGCAGGGCAGCCCACGUGUACGAUUCCACCUGCCCCAGCGACCUCUCCGGUGCGUCAUGAGAACUUUCUCUUAGUCAUCAUCAGGCACAAACUUGUGAGAAUUAGUCGUGAUACUUCAGGCCCAGGCUUCUCUGUUCAUUGCCUCUAACAGCCACUACAAACCAUUCUCAGCAGCCGACCACCUCCCAUCUGCAGAUGGCAUGAGUGAGCCCACUGACUUGAAGCCAAGUGAAAUAUUUUAUGUCACUUGCCUGUCUUUUGUUGGCUUGAUAAAGCUAAUCCCUCCCGUUCCCCCCAGCCACUACUUCCCUGUUUUGUUUUUUUAUCCUGAGUACACAGAGAGUGGCCUCACUUUGCUAGAAGUGUCUCCCUGGGUCCCGUUCUAGAGGGCCUCCAGUGCCUCGUCCUAUUCUGUUCAGACCCUCUGGUUCGAAGUCCUGGGGCGAGGGACCGUCCCUAAGCUGCACGCUGGCCUGCUGCUGCUUCCUGCUGGGUCUGCCCACUCCUUUCCCCACUACAAACCGGCUGCUGACGCCACUCUAUGGAGUAAAGCUGCUUGCGCUUCGACCGAGAAUGAAGAACUGAUGACUGUCAUGAGAGAGAAGACGUCCUGCCCUCGGGACAAGUCACAUCUCAUGGACACACGCCAAGAGGACAGGCCCGGGCGCCAUGGACCUUGGUGCCACAGAUGAGACGGUGAACAACUCCUGCUUGCCAGACGGGCUCUGAGACAGAUUUCAACUUCGACAGUUGCACUGGAAACAAAUGGUGCCUUUCACGAACAACACAAAGAACAUGGCUUUCCUAACGUUAGGUUGGGAUAUGUUAACAUGUGCUCCUAACUUUGGAAACAAGUGCAUUCUCCUAGGAAGGAAACUCCACCAGGACUUUCUGACCUCACAGCCCUGGAGCUGCUUUGUGCAUUCUGUAGACAAGGAGACCUAAAUUAACUCAGAUUGCAAGAGGGGGGAAAAUCAGCAUUGUAAUCUCUCACUGCCUCUUGUGAACAUGUAGUUUUAAGGGUACACUACACCGAUUGACUUAAAAUCUUCACAGCUUGCUUAUGUAGGCCUUUCCUGCAGAAUUCUAAGUUACCAAUGACGUGAAGCACCCUCCCCCUGAUGAAUCAAACGUCUUGUAUCCGCCGUGCUGAGCCACUCAUUAAAAGUGCUUGUGAUGAGGGGGCGGCAGUGGGGAGGUGGGGGAGCUCUUUGCUCAGAGUCUGGAUCAGAACAGCUUGUAUCCACCAUGCCUUCAUCCAACAGUCUCCGUAAUCCAUACAAAUAAAAUGUGAAGUUGUUUUUUAAUCA